UGCAUAAUUAUUUGAACGACGGUCUCGCCGCCGCUGCCGCCGACAUACAUUUAUUCUGGGGUAGCAUCCUUCCGCUGCUGCUGUUCACCUCGUUAUUCCUCGUCGACGAAUAUCGAGACAAGACUUGUACUCUGCUGAUCGCAAAGAAGAUCAAACACGCUCAGGCACCGAAUCAGGAAUCACACGUUAGCGAAAAAUCGAGAAGGAUGACUGUUACACUGUGGGUCGUCGGCGGUCCCGGGUGCGGCAAGGGCACCCAGUGCGAAAAAAUCGUUGCAAAGUACGGCUUCCUUCAUCUUAGCAGCGGCGAUCUUCUUCGGGACGAAGUCGCCAGCGGCAGUCCGAGGGGCGCCCAACUCCAGGAACUCAUGUCUCAAGGCCUCUUCGUACCAUCCGACGUCGUCCUCGGACUGAUUAAAGAGAAGAUAAACAAGGGAAAGGAAGACAAGGUCCCGGGGUUCCUGAUCGACGGAUAUCCGCGGGAACUUAGCCAAGGGCUGGAAUUUGAGAAAGAGAUCGGGCCGGUGGACCUAGUGCUCUUCUUCGACGUGGCGAACGAGACCUUGACAAAGAGGUUACUGGGGCGUGCGGCCUCGUCGGGAAGAGCCGACGAUAAUGAGGAGACAAUCAAAAAACGCAUAGCAGUAUUCAACGAGAAGAACGGACCGAUCGUCGAGCACUACAAGGACAAGGUUGUCAAGAUAAACGCCGAGGGCGCGGUCGAGGAAAUCUUCGCCGAAGCGAGCAAAGCCAUAGACGCCGUGAACAAGGUUUAAAUUAGAAUCCGCAAAAUUCCCUAAUUUUCCCCUUCAUCAUCUCAUAGACAUAAUAUAGGAUUUUAUAGCGAAUUAUUUACUCACUUGUCUUUCCUAAUAUCACAAAACCCCUUCACGCACAUUUACACCCCAACGACGAAUAAAGAUAAUUGACUAGU